UCUCUAAACACACACACACACACACACACACUUUUCCCUUCUUUAGUGCACCCUCUCUCCAAUAAUCACCACCCAAAAUCCACCACAGCCAGAGCUCCAGCUGAUUCAAUUCUUCAUUUUCUAGAAAAGAGAUUGGGUUGGAAGCACUGGCAUGUGAAGCAGCGAAAAGUUUUCAACUACAAAAGCCAAACUAAGCGACAGCUUCAGCAGUAAGUCUCAGUAAUAUCAUGCUGUAGAAGCUGCGCCACAAACAACUUAAACAACCACCUCCUCUCCUCCUCCCCCCCCCUCUCUAUCUUUAUUUCUUCCUGUCUUUAAAAUCUUCUCUUUCUUUCUGCUCUAAAGAAUUUCAGUGACCCCACUCUCUCUAAAUCACAUCUCUCUCUCUCUCAGAUCUUUUUCAACAUUUACAUACAUCAAAAACCCCAAUUUUGUACUAAAAUAAACGUGGCUACGGCUCGGCGGCUGCAGUCGGAUUCCGGCGCCUUCGCCGAUUGGGUGGCGUCCUCCUCCGCCUCCGCCGGAGACCUUUCCCUAGGUUUCAAUGCGGAGCCCGCCGCCCCUGCCGCCUCCGCCGGAAUGUGGCCUGCCGCCGCCACGCGCCUCCCCCCGGAGUUCUUCUUCGUCGCCCCCGCUUCUUCCUUCCACCACCACCACAACACCGACGCCGCCGCCGCGAUCAAUUUCGACCCUCAUUCGCUCAAUCCCUCCAAUGCCAUCGGCGUCGGCGUGAUCGCCGUCGGCAGCGCGGCGGAUGAGGAUUUGUUCAGCCGUAGCCGGGGAGGCGGCGGCGGUGGUAUGCAAUUGUGGCAGCAUCAUCAGCAGGGCCAGAAUUCCUCAGCUUAUUUGAUCAAACCCAUGGCUCUCGAGCACCCAAAUCUCCUCCCAAGCAGCGGCGGCGGCGGUGCGUCUUCCUCCUCUUCCGCCUGCCAAGACUGCGGCAACCAAGCCAAGAAAGACUGCCAACAUAGAAGGUGUCGAACCUGCUGCAAAAGUAGAGGCUACGACUGCACCACCCACUUCAAAAGCACCUGGGUCCCCGCCGCCCGCCGCCGCGAGCGCCAACUCCUCGCCACCGCCGGCUCCUCCCAGUCCACCUCCGGCACCAAGAAGCCCCGCCUCGGCGCCGCCUCCCAGACCACCACCGCCUCCCACACCUCCACCUCCAACACCAAUCAGGCCAGGAGCUUCGACACCAGCUCCAGCCAUCAAGAUGCGGGGUUGAAGGAGUCGCUGCCGGGGCAGGUGCGGGCGCCGGCGGUGUUCAAGUGCGUGAGAGUGACGGCGGUGGACGACGGCGAGGAUGAAUACGCUUAUCAAGCAGUGGUGAAGAUAGGCGGCCAUGUUUUCAAAGGGUUUCUAUAUGAUCAAGGGGUUGAAGGGAGAGAGGGGCUCCCAAAUCUAUCUGAAUUGCAUUUGGGAGGCGGCAAUGGGGCUUCAUCAUCGCCGCCGGUGAAUCUCGAUCAUGCUUCUAAUAUAUACGGCGGCGCAUCCUUUCUAGGUGGAUCCAAUUAUGGUAAUCCGAUCAACUGAUUUUCCUAUGUUGGUAACUCAAUAAAAUGUAGGGUUAUUAACUUAUUAGUGUUUCAAUACACAAAUUUUAGGUGUAAUACUACUAUGAUUUUGCAUUAUGAACUUUUGAGUGAAAGCUGUGAAUAAGCAAAAUAUUGUUAUUUUUCUUCUUUUAA